AUGUCAACUUCUAAAUCAAUAAUAGAUGAGACUUACAUAAAUGUUCAUUUGAAGGGAGGAAAUCUCCAUUCUGAACUUCUACACAUAGAAGCUUCUUUCAACAAAGGUAUUAACAUUAUUCAAUUUAGGAUAAUUUAAGGGAUAAUCUAUUCCUUUAAGAUGCCAAUGGUUUAAUAUUACAAAAGAUAAGGAUUUUGUAGAAAUAGAGGAUGUAUCAGGAUAAUUUUAUCAACCUUGUAUACUAGAUAUUGAUACAAAGUAAAAUUCUUCAAUAUUCUUAAAAGAAUUAUGGUUUAAGCCAUACCAAUUUUGGACUUUGAUUACAAUGGCAUGCCUUUAAUGGCAGAAACAAAUUUUUUACAAGCCGAUUCAAAAAUUUUCGAUUUAGUAGAUUAAUACAUUAAAAUUAGGUUAACUAAGCAUUCAAUGAAGGAGAGAUGUAGUUAAAUUGCAAAUUAGAGAAUAUUUAAGCACAAGACAAUCAAUCCUUUAACGAUCUUAAUUUACCUUUAAUAUGCACUUUAAUUGCAAAUGAAAAUGGGUUGAUAUUGAAAACUGAUUAAAAUAAGACAAUUGUGAAUAUUGACAAAUAUGAACUAAAGAUCAUUAAGAAAAAUAACAAUUAGAUUGAGAUCUUCAAUUAAAAUAUAAGAUUAUUAGCAGCUGUAACAAACAACAUAGUUCGUGAUGCAAUUUUUUAAUUUAGCAAAACCUUAAAAUCAAAAAAGACUCAUUUAAGUGACACAGCUUAAUUGUAUGUUAUCCUCUCUGAUUAAGAAUAAAAGAUAGUUUAAAAGGACAAUGAGAUUUCUUAAUUAUUAGAAUUUAAGCAAAAAUUGACAAAGAAUCUAAGUGAAUUAUAAUAAUAAUACAACUUAAAUAUCAAAAAGAUGGAAUAAAUUGAUAAAUAAUUAGCACAAUAAAGUUAAGUAAUAAUAAAUAAGGACAAGGAUAUACUAAAUUUAAAAUAAUAAAUUGAUAAAUUAGAUGGAAAGACACAAAUUUAUAUUUAAGAAAUUAAGGUUCUAAAAAGUUAAGUAAUUUUAUUAGAAAAUACUAAUAAAAAAUACUAGCAUGAGAUUGAAGAAUUAAAAAAGAAUUAAAACUAAAAUUAAGAUGAAAUAAGGGAAAUGUUCUAUAAAGAAAAGUUAGAUAGUUUGAAAUAGCAAAAUGAUGUAUAUAUAAUAAAUAUUUAGAGAAAUGCAUGAAGGAAAAUCAAUAAUGGCAACUUAUAAAUGAUUAAUUAAUGAAAGAAAUAAAAAAGCUUGAAAGCAAUUGUACUUUUUACCUUGAAGAGAAAGAAUUAAUUUAAAAUGAAUUAAAUAGUCUAAAAAAGAAGUAUGAAAGCUUAUUGUAAGAGAUUGAACUCAAUUAAAAGAAAGAGAAAUCUGAAAUUUCUUCAGAAGUAAUUAUUUAAUUCUAGAGUUUUAGAGUGAUGUUCAAUCAAGCAAGCAAUCCGAAAUUAUUAUCUGCUAACCAAUUGUGUAGAAUAACAAUGGAUCUUUGGAUGAAAUAAAAAGAUUGAAAACUACAAUAAAUAAUUUGGAAGCAACAAUUAAAAAGUAAAGAUGUGAAAAAUUUUAGUUUGAAAUUUGAUUAUGAAUAGGAUAUGCUGAAAAUAACAAAUAAACACUUUUUAAAGAGUAAUACCUCUCAAGAAAUUCAAGUGUUGUAAAAAUUAGUAUUAAUGAAAUAAUCAUAUUAGGCUAAUUCUUUGGCUGAGAGUUUAUCAGAUAAGGAAUAAGCUUUACAAACUCAGAGAAAUAUUAAUCGAGAACUACUGAAUAAAAUAUCUGAAUUCACAAAGUGAUUACGGGAAUAAAUACAUUGAUUAAUAUUUAUGAU